GGUUUUGAAAUGACGAGCUCCGAUAAAAAGUGCUUGCCAACCAUUGCGAAGUGUUACAGUUUAUUUAGUCUCGGAGCUGAUCAGUUGUUUGAUCGUUUUCGUUGAGUGUAACAGUUUUGCGCUUGAGAAUGAAAGUACAAUUGGCAUGGCUAAUCUUCAUCUCCGUUGCACUAGUGAAAGGAUUCCACCUCACCCCUUCGGAAAUACAAAAUUUUCCAAACUACCACUUUUUUGGUGAUAUCUUCGUCGAACCAUUCGAAGUGGAACUAUUCCAGCAUCAAACGAUCGAUUGGCAGCAAGUUGCGCCUUUCUGGGACUUCUUCCAAUCGGAACCACAUCGAUACAUGAGCUAUAUCGCACCACCAAGUUCACUGGUUUCCUAUCUGCCUGCCCGACCAGGUUCUGGGAUCACACCAAACGUUUAUCUGAACGGCCAAGGCUACAACACCAAUCGGUACGUGGCGCCAAGCGUUGUGAAGAAACUCCUAGCCAUAAAUCCUCGGUGACCAAUAUUUAGAAAAAUAAAGUGUUAUCAGAUCAUGAAA